AUGAAAUCCACAAAUGUACGAGAAGUUGGCCAGUACUCAUUACUUGGAUCUGCGAUUCCUUUUAAAAGAUAUAUUCAAUUAACUUCCAGAAAUACAAAAGAUUCUGGUGCAGUAUGUCGUAGAAUCAAAAAUCUAAAUGAUAACUGGGAUAUUUAUUAUGCAUAUGGUGCAAUUCAUCCAAAUUCCACGCGAACACAAAUUUUUUAUUACACAAAAGAAUUUUGUCCGGAAAAUUCUGCAAUUUGGACAGGGUUUGCCAUUAAAAUGCAAUAUUUGGCUAAUUCAGACAAUGUUUCAAUUUAUAUUCAUACAAAUAAUUACACAGCAAAGCCAUUUCCACGAGAUCCAUCAUGCGUAAUACCUAUACAUCCUGAAAGUCGUAAGAUGAGAUUCCAUGUUUCUUAUGAAAAUGGAAAUGUUCUUGUAAAUGCUUCAGAAUCGUUUAAUCCGUUCAUAGAAUGUGGUUCAUUUUACUACAAUUUAAUUCACGGCUACUUUUCAUUAUAUUCGUCAACUGAAGGUGAAACAGAAAAUAAUAAUUUAUUAAAUUUUGUUUACACACCACAUUCUCCUGAGAUUCCUAACCCUGAACAAGCUACAGAAGAAGCAAAGAAUCGAAAGGCUUUAUUACAUGGCAAAAAACGUAAAGCGAAUAAGAAUCUUCGUCGAAUGCGUCAAAAAUACACAACUUAUUACAGACAACAGAUGCAAUAUGAAGGCCAACAGCUCAAUGGUGGCACUCCAAACACUGUACAGUUGCGAAGAGCCUUCAAAGAGAUCAAUGAACUCUAUAAAAGAGCUGCAGAAGGAUUAGAUAUCAAAGAAUUAAAAUCUUUCAUCGAAGAAACUGUUGAUGAAAAGAUGAAACAAGCUCUUGAUAAGUUGCAAUCAACAGCUGAUGCAGUUAAUGAGUUCAAGGCAACAUAUAAUGAAAUUUUUUCAAAUUCUGCGAACGCAUUAAAGGAUAUUUUAAUGGAAACAAAGAUUAUGAUGGAUAAUCUUAACUCUACAUUGCAUUACAAGGUAUCUGAUCUCUUUGAUAUGCCUUCAAGUGAAAGAAAAACAUUAGAUGAAAACAUUGUUGAGAAAAAUGACAAUUUUAUGUUUUCUUUAGUAAUGAUUAUUGUUUGUUUCAUUGAGUUUGUCUUUUAUAUAGUUUUCUUCUUGUACAAACACAAAGUAACUGAUCAUUUCCACAAAGCUGACUGA